AUGGACGACUCGAUGGACGGCGACGCGUACGAGAUGGACGCCUCAAGUGACUUUGAGCCUCAGCAAAAGCCUAAGGCCAAGGCGCCCGCAAAGAAGCCUACAGCAGCACCAAAACCAAAGGCCACCAAACAAACCACCCUCAAGACCACCAAGACUGCUCCGAAGGCAGCACCGAAGCCGAAGAAGCGCGCCAAGCCAGACUCGGACGACGAGAACGACAUCGACCUGGACGACGACGACGAGAACACCGACGACUCGCUUCUGUCCAACACGCCGCCGAAGAAGGCAAAGAAGGCGCCAGCACCGAAGAAACCAGCCGGAAAGCCCUUGGCUGAGCUUGAGAACGAGAGCUUCAAUAUGGAUGUGCCGGUGAAUGAGGGCAAGUCGAAGAAGGGUGGUGGCUCCAGCGAUCAGUACGAGAAGCUCACUCAGCUCGAGCACAUCCUCAAGCGUCCAGAUACCUACAUUGGCUCUGUAGAGCAGACGACUGAACAGCUAUGGAUCUUCAACUCCGAGAUUCAGUCGAUGGAGAACCGCAAAGUCACAUAUGUACCUGGUCUGUACAAGAUUUUCGAUGAAAUCCUGGUGAAUGCAGCAGACAACAAGCAGCGUGAUAAGAACAUGGACGAGCUGCGUGUGUGGGUACACCCAGAACAAGGCGUCAUUUCGGUGAAGAACAACGGCCGAGGCAUCCCGAUCGAGAUACACGACAAGCAUGGCAUCUACAUCCCCCAGAUGAUCUUCGGCGAAUUGCUCACUUCGUCCAACUACAAUGAUGAAGAGGCAAAGACGACUGGUGGUCGAAACGGUUAUGGUGCCAAGCUCACCAACAUCUACAGUACCGAGUUCCAGCUCGAUACCGUGGACCGAAAGACGAAGCAGCGGUAUCGACAGACAUGGCGCAACAACAUGAGCACAAUCGAGAAGGCCAAGAUCGAAAAAGUCAAAGACAUGCAGGAUUACACGCAAAUUACCUUCAAGCCCGACUUCGCGAAGUUCAACAUGGAUAGUAUGGAUAAGGACUUCGAGGGUCUGGUCAAGCGUCGAGUCUACGACAUGGCCGGUACCGCCAAAGGUGUCAAGGUCUACCUUAAUGGCGAGCGCAUCAAGGUCAGCAAGUUCAAGCAGUACAUGGAGAUGUACACGAAGGCCAUCAAGAGUGAGAACAUUGCCAACGAUGGUGCAGCACCAGAGCAGGUCAUCCUGACUGACAACCCGCAUGAGCGAUGGGAAAUCGGAUUCGCCGUUUCUGACGGCUCCUUUCAGCAAGUCUCGUUCGUCAACUCGAUUGCAACCACUUCUGGAGGAACUCACGUCAACUAUAUCGCCGACCAAAUCUGCGACAAGCUCGAAGAGAUUGUCAACAAGAAGAACAAGGGAGGUGUGAAGCUGAAGAAAGCUCAGAUCAAGAAUCACAUCUUCUUGUUCGUCAACUGCUUGAUCGUGAACCCAGCCUUCACAUCACAGACGAAGGAGCAACUCACAACCAAAGUCAGCGCUUUUGGCAGUAAGCCAACAGUCUCUGAGAAGUUCUUGAAGGACAUUGCGAAGACCGAAGCAGUCACCAAUAUCAUACACUUUGCUCAGCAGAAGGCCGACAAAGUCCUCUCAAAAUCUGAUGGUAACCGCCGUCAGCGUAUGAACAACUCGAAGCUCACAGACGCCAACAAGGCUGGCACGAAGGAUGGCUACAAGUGCACGCUCAUCUUGACAGAAGGUGACUCUGCCGCAUUGCUUGCGCUCGCCGGUCGAGCUGUCGUCAACCCGGACUUGUUCGGUGUCUUCCCGCUCCGUGGUAAGAUCCUCAACGUUCGCGAUGCUUCGAUCGACCAGAUCUCCAAGAACGCAGAGAUCCAGAACAUCAAGAAGUUCUUGGGUCUGCAGCACAAGAAGGACUACACAGACACUAAGGGCUUGCGUUACGGCCAUCUGAUGAUCAUGACCGAUCAGGAUCACGAUGGUUCCCAUAUCAAAGGCCUUCUCAUCAACUUCUUGCAAGUACAAUUCCCUUCGCUCCUCCGGAUUCCUGGCUUCUUGAUGGAAUUCAUCACGCCUAUCGUCAAGGUCUGGAAAGGCGACGUGAAGAACCCCAGGCAGAAGCGUGAUUUCUUCACCAUGCCAGAAUAUGAAGCCUGGAGAGAGCUUCCCGGCAACUCCAAGGGCUGGGAUCACAAGUACUACAAGGGAUUGGGUACUUCAGACACCAGAGACGCGCAAGUGUACUUUGCCGAUCUCGAUACCCAUCUCAAGCAGUUCCACGCCAUGCAAGAAGGCGAGCCCGAGCUGAUAGAUCUUGCCUUCUCAAAGAAGAAAGCCGACGCCAGAAAGACAUGGCUUGGGAACUUCGUGCCCGGCACCUACUUGGACACUUCCGGUUCGGCGGAGAUCACAUACAAUGACUUCAUCAACAAGGAGCUGAUCCUCUUCUCCAUGGCCGAUAACAUGCGAUCGAUUCCCUCGGUUGUCGAUGGCUUGAAGCCCGGUCAGCGUAAGGUCAUGUACACUUGUUUCCGGCGCAACUUGAAGAAAGAUGUCAAGGUGGUGGAGCUGGCUGGUUCAGUCUCCGGUCUCACUGCAUACCCAUACGGCGAGGCCUCCCUUCAGCAGACUAUCAUUGGUCUGGCUCAGAACUUUGUGGGCUCCAACAACAUGAACAUCCUCGAGCCAAGUGGUAACUUCGGUUCCCGUUUGCAAGGUGGCAACGAUGCGGCCAGUCCUCGUUACAUUUACACGAGGCUGUCACCGCUCGCGAGGGCCAUCUUCCAUCAGAGCGACGAGGCUCUGCUUACCUACAACACUGAUGAUGGCAAGACUAUCGAGCCAGAGAUGUACGUUCCAAUCCUGCCCAUGAUCUUGAUCAACGGAGCCGACGGUAUUGGCACGGGAUGGAGCACUACAGUACCCAACUACCGCCCUGAAGAUGUGAUCGCCAACCUCAUGCGCCGUAUGGAUGGUGACAAGGACUCGAUGAUGCCAAUGAAGCCGUGGUUCCGCGGCUGGACCGGCGAGACCGAGCAGCUUAGCGAUGAUCGCUUCAAGUUCGGCGCCGCUAUCAGCAAGACUGGAGAUGGCGAAGUCCAAGUGACUGAACUUCCUGUGCGCUACUGGACGCAGGACUUCAAGGACAAGCUGGAAGAGAUUUUGAAAGCCGAAAAGGUACCAUCCUUCAUCAAGGACUACACUGAGUACAACACGCCCGAGACGGUCAACUUCAUCAUCAAGAUGGAGGAGAAGAAGCUGGCAGAGAAUGAAGACAAGCUGGAGGAGCUGUUCAAGCUGUCCAGGACGCAAGCCACCACUAACCUGGUUGCGUUUGAUCCUCAAGGACGCAUCCACAAGUACGCUACCCCACUGGACAUCAUGGAAGAGUUCUACCAAGUUCGUCUCCAGAAGUAUCACCAACGAAAGAGAUACCUCAUCAGCGAGAUGGAGCGCGAACUGAGGAGAUUUACAAACCAGGCCCGAUUCAUCAACAUGAUUAUCAAAGGUGAGCUUGUUGUGAGCAAGAAGAAGAAAGCAGUACUUGUUGCCGAGCUCCAGAAGCUCAAUUUCGACCGUUUCCCGAAGGUUGUGGAUGCCAAGAAGCAGGGCGAGUUUGAGGCAGUGGUCGAAGACGAUGCCGACGAGGCGGAUGACGCGGAUACCGCUGCUGGCGCGAGCGACUUCGACUAUCUUCUCGGCAUGGCCAUUUGGUCUCUGACUCAAGAGCGGGUAGACAAGCUCAAUCGCCAGAUCCGUGACAAGGAAGACGAGAUUACCGAGCUUACUGCUAAGACAGAGAAGGACCUUUGGCGAGCUGAUUUGCAAGCUUUGGAGGAGGCGUGGAACAUGAUGCUGGACGAGGAACUGAAGCGCGAGAAGAAGGUCAAGGCCAAGGGUCGUCGUGCUUCAGCCAAGCUUGGCAUAGCAGGCAAAGCUACGGCGAAGAAGCGGAAGGCUAAUGACAGUGACGACUUCUCUGAUGAUGACUUUGCGCCUAAGAAGCCAAAGACAACCGCCAAAUCGAAGGGCGUCGCAGGACUACUGGCUAUGGAUGCUGCUGCUCCAAAGACUGCUAAGGUCAAUGGCAUCGAGCAGAAGCCCGUCGCACCACCGCCGGCUGCGAAGCAGACAACGCUGGAGGCCUUCAAGCCGUCGCCUGCCGUCAACAAGGAUCCUGUCGCAGAUCCUUCCCGCGAUACGACGCCUGCGGAUGCAGGAACAGCCAAGAAGCGAGGCCGUCCGAAGAAGGUCGUUGAUCCUGAUGAUAGUGAUGUCAAGCCCAAGGCCGCCCCUGCGAAGAAGGUCAGUCGGCCAAAGAAGGUCGUGAGUCUGGAUGAUGAUGAGAACAUGGACGACAGUGAAGACCACUUUGCUGCUGUUGCCAAGGAAGCUCAACGCAAGCCUGCUCCGGCACCUGCUCGGGCUGGCAGAGCUGCUGCUCAAAAGGCGAAGUACGCAGAAGAUUCCGACGACGCUUCUCUCGAUGAAGGCAAUGACCUUGGCGACUUCUCUACCAUGGUCAAGGGCUUUGGCAGUGGCACAAACGAAGGUCAAACACGCCUCUUCCACGCCGCAUCCACCUCGAGACCCACCAGCAGCGCCGGCUUGAAGUCCAAGCCAAGCAAGAGAACGCUCACAGCUGACGAGAACGACUCUGACAGUGAGACUGACUGGGCUGCUCUGGCACAGAACUCUCCACAGAAGACCACGCAUACCACAAUGCUUGACGACGACUCGAUGGAAAUCGACGAGCCGAAGAUCGCGCCGAAGGCUCAACUCAAGGCAAAGCCUGCAGCUAAGCCGGUGCCAAAGAAGGCAGCCGCCGCCCCUGCACCCGCGCCCAAGCUGGCUCUGUCACCAGCGGCCAAGGCCUACGCAAAGAAGAAGUCAGGUGGAGUCCAAGCCAAAGCUGGUGCUUCCAAGCCGUCGAAGAAGCUGCCAGACUCGGAGGAUGAGGAAGAGCAGGAUGUGGACCAGAUCGCGAACGACAUCCUUAGCGAUGAGGACGAUGAUAGUCCAGUCAAGCCCACCGCGAGACCUGGUCGGCGUGCAGCUGCGUCCAAAGCCAAGUCGAAGUAUGUGGUUGACGACGAUGAUGAGGAAGAUGAAGAGGACGAUACUGCUGCUUUCAUUGACGAUGAUGAGAGUGAUUAG